UUCAGCUUCACGGCUGUUGGUGGUGCGCUGAGAUUACUCUACCACAGAGAAAUCUAAAGACCUGCAGAUGCUUCCCUAUAACCAGUUUAAGACAGUGGGGAUGAUGCCCUGGGAGAGAUAUGUCACUACUUACAACAGAGACUUUCCGCCCGUCAAUGAGCGUCAGCCGCAGGUCAACCAGCCGAAGUCGAGGACUGAAGCUCAGGCUGCACCUUCAUUCAUCAGCCCACCUCAGACCGAACGUGAAACAUGGCCUAUAUUUCACCAUAACUUUUACAAGACGUCUAACAGCGCCUACGGCUCAGGUUUACAGCCUCCCUCUUGUUCUCUUUUCCCUGCUUCCUUGCAUCCUUUUGGAUCUGUACUUGGCGAGGAGGCGGAAAGUCGACUGCACUGUGUUUUUGAUCCAAAAGCAAAUGUGUUGGAGCAGCAGGAAGCAAGAGAUGAGCCGCAGCGGAAGCUUGAUGUUCUCUACGAGGAAGGUGUGAUUGUGUUGUCGUCUCCGUCCUGCUGUGAAGACCUCCUCAGAUCUGUCUGCAGUGAAGGCGGGUUGAAUAACCUGCUCCACCUCCCCGAGGCCUCCCGUCCAAUUAUCACCUUGAAAGAUGCAGAAAAUUGUGAUGGCAAUGCCUAUUGGAGGGGCUGGGGACCAGCUUCUGGACUGACAAACAGCUCCUUCCUUCAGCCUACUUCGAUCAGUUGCUAUGCAUGGGACCCUGAGUGCUCUAAUUGUUACUUCAAGAUGCAAACCUGCGCCCCUCGUAGCAGCACUCUCACUCCGGCCCACAUACAGCCGACCUUCCAAUGCGCAGAGCCCAGCAGGACGCAGCCGAUGACAGAGUACCAAUCCAGGUACUCUGCUGCGUGGGCCCAGCCUAAGAUGCAGCAGAGUUACGGUCACCAUCGUCAUUGACCUCCUCAAAAGACACUUUAUUCUUCCCUCUGAAUCUCAUCUCUUGCUUCAAUACACUGCAGAUCAACCAAAAUACAUUGUUUGUGUCUUGUGUCAAACAGUUUAAAAAAAGGGAUGCUAUUUCUUCCAAUCACUUGCACUUUUUAGCCUGAAAGGGUUAUCACAUGGGAAAAAUCCUUCCUAACAGAGGCAGCGGUCAAUGAUUCUCGCCUCAGGAGGAUACACAAGCUGAGGAUGAGUCAUAAAACAGCAGUAAAGCAUCUGCUGGCAGGAAGAUUCUUAAAGGAGGCAGUCAAAUGGGCUUCUUGACAUCCUGAGGUUUAAAUGUGCAGCAGCAGUUAAGAAGUACUCAGAUCCCUUUAGUAAACAUACCACAAUAUAAAAAUAAGUAAAGUCCUGCAGUAAACCUACUGUGCUCUAGCAAUUGUAAAAGUUUUAAUGAUUAUUAAUUAGUCUUAGUUCUAAAAGUCUCUUGUACAUGCAGCUUUAAUGUACAAGUAAAAACACUUAAUAGGGUGAAAAAAAUGCCUUCUCCGGUUUUAUCAUUUAUUUUUCAACAAAAAAACAGUUCUGCAAUUAUGUUCUGAGUAGCAAAGAUUAUUAGGGGUCACUAAGGUCAUCAUACUAGAUUGAUGAUGUUCUGCUUGCUUUAUAAAAUGGUGAUCUUCCAAUGGGGUCAUUUGCGUCCGAGAGUGAUGCCACACUCAUUUACUGCUUCUGUUCGGGGGUUAGAUGAUUCAUACUUGCUGCUCUUUUUCUGAGACUCCCUCCUAAAUGGGUAAUUGGCACAACAAUAUCAUGUGACUUUUGUCAGUGUAGUCAGACACCCUGAACAAGCCACUCGCUCCUCCUUACAGAAGUGGUUGACUGUAGAAAACGACCCUGACCCCACCACUCCAAUGGGAGGACAUCAUUCGGCCAUAAAUCCUCUGGGUCUGUUUCAGGAAUCUUAUAUGUUUUGUGUUCAGAAGGACUGGAGCCAGUAGCCAGCAUGAGGCCUAAAGAAAGGAGGUCAACAUGACCUGUGCGGCAGCGUGUUGCCUUUUUCCUCGUCCUCGUUUUUUUCAGUGAAGGAGGAUUGUAGUCAGUUUGUCCUGACGUGUGAAGAUCUCCGGUGAGGAGGUCUAGAUUGAAAGAGCGUUGAGUCGAUUGUGUAGUCUGAUGUUUCAUAGCCUUCCUAAAACAUAGAAACAUAACUUCAGUUACAACUUAAUUACUUCUUGGCUUGAAAUUGUAAAUUUGAAGAAUCACAUUACAUAGCAUCAGGAGGUUCCCAAACAUCCCUGAUUGUUCCUCUGUUACUUUAAUGGCUGCUAGACAUUUUUAAUUGGCAUUUUCUACAUUAAGAGCACUUUGUUCAUACCUGCAGCGAUCUGCUCUGGCUCAAGCUCCAUACCCAUGUAAUAUUUCUCCCUUCUUAAGAGUUUUCAUUUCCUCCGAUGAAGGCCAAUGUUUGAACAAUCUCAUCACAAAGUUCAUUCAGAAGAUGAUCACCUUCAGUCAUAACAGAGUCGUCAUGGGAUUGCAAAUGCCCCAAUAAGUGGAGCUACAGAAAAUGGAUAUUUCAACUUUACAUUUCCAUGACUACUAGGCAAAAUCUGCCAGGAAGAUUUUCGUGAUAUGACCCAAAGCUUGAGGACAGAUACUGAAUGGUCCUUGUGGUGAGAUUGUUUGUAACAUUCAUGCCAAUAACAAAAGUAUAUUGAAUACUUUUGUCAAGGCUACAUUUUAACAAUACCCUGACAAUUUGGCAAAUUAUUGUACAAAAUAACAUCAAGCAUAUAUACCUUGACUAUUACACUACUGUCCAUUUAGUAAACCAAAUGAAAAGAACAUUUCCCAAUGAAGCAACAUUGAUAGUAUUGGAGGUUAUUUGAAUUCUACAAAUCUUUGGAAAAUAGAAGCAUAAAACCAUUUAUUGGGGUCCAGUAUGCAUCAAAAUGUGACAAAAGACCAACAAAGAACUGUCUUUUAACAUCUUUAUUCUUCUUUUUUCAUUAUUUUUAUUUGUAUUGAAAUUCUUACUCUUUGUGUCUUCUGGACCUCUUUUCUUUUUUUAAACGGCGUAUGUCAUCUAAACGCGUCUAAACAAAAUCACCAAAAAUGAUUUCAUGUUGUACAAUCCACCUGGCGGACAUUCCUAUUGGCUUCACCAGGGCGCCAUUCACCACAACACUGUGAGGAAGUUCCAUUUUAAACACAGAUUUCACACUUUAAGAACACACCGGAGUACUUGUUAGGCUGCAUGGUUGUAAAAGGAGAGCUCAAAUACUUCAAUAAGUUACAAGUGCACAAGUGUGUUCUUAACACCUAAAUACAACAGACAUUAUCACUGUUAAUACUACAAAUGAAUGGUGACAUUAAGAACAUAUAUGUUCAGGUCACAAGAUAAUGCCUCUGCAUUUUAAACCAUAAGUGACUGAGACAUGACAUCUGGGUUUCCUGAAAAGCAUCUUCACAUAAUACUACCUUUUCCUUUUCGACUCAAUGGGAGAUUAUACUUGCACUAAACAGGCAAUGUUUCAAGGAAAGCCAGACCGCAACAAAGAUUUAUGGUUAAAAAGAACUUCCUCAAAAGACGUCAACCUACAAAGAAGAACAGCAAGGAAGCCAUACUGCCAGCCACAUGUUCCAUACUGCUUUAUUCUGAUUGGCCAUGACAAUAUUGUCCCCUCACGUUCCCUCCUGCAAACAGGACUGAAUGACACCACAGGUUACUGUACCCAGUAGAGACACAAAAUUCCUCAUCC